AUGACGUACGAUGAAGCCCCGUUAAGAGAAUCAGCUGGAUCGUCAAACAACUCUAGUCAGCUAAACGUUUCAACCACAGACAGUCAAUCAGAAAGCUGUUCGUCUGGGCCACCAGCACUGUCACCGAAGACACAGCGACCGAAAAAUCGACCGACACCUGAUAUGCAACUUGGCAGUAAGUUUUAUUGCCUUGCCUUGCCUUGUCUUGCCUUGCCUUGCCUUGCCUUGUCUUGCCUUGCCUUGCCUUGCCUUGCCUUGCCUUGCCUUGCCUUAAAAAAAUUUAAACCCCCCCCCCUUCCCCCAAAAAAAAUUGUAAAACCAAAGAGCAUCAGUAUAAAAAUUGUACGACUCGACUCCACUUUUUAAUAUUACUUUUUUUACUUUUCAAAUUUUUUGAUAUUUUCGCGCCCACAGCUUUUCAAAUGCAUAUGAAAGUGAAUUGUUAUGUACGAACGAAUUGGCCGACAAUUUUUAAUACUAUCAGAUGACGAGUCAAUUUUUACUUACUUUACCCUGCAAUAAUAUACCAAGCAAAAUAUGCAGAGUAAUGUCCAAAAACCGUUUGCAAACGGUUUUUUCGGAUACGUUUAUGAAAAGAAGACCAGACGAAAAUAAACAACAACCCUAAAAUUUAAUUACCCAUAGGCUGAUUCCGGCUUCAGGAAAACAGUUAAAAACUAGACCAACUGACAGCACAAUAUCUCAUAAAAAACGGUUUUUUUCCAAAAAAUUUUUAAAAAAUUUUGGAAAAAUAACGUUACAAAACGGCAUUUUUGCUCCUGCCCUACCUUGCCUGAUUCUGAACAUUCUUCUCCAAGCCAGUCCGGCUUUGCCUUUGCCUUUGCCUUUGCCUUUGCCUUGCCUUGCCUUUGCCUUUGCCUUGCCUUGCCUUGCCUUGCCUUGCCUUGCCUUGCCUUGCCUUGCCUUGCCUUGCCUUGCCUUGCCUUGCCUUGCCUUGCCUUGCCUUGCCUUGCCUUGCCUUGCCCUACUCGAUCUGGUCUUGCUACAUCUCAUCCUUCCUAUUCUACAUGCCCUGCCCCGUACUGUCUUUUCAUUUUCUGCCCUGUUUUGCCUUGUCCUACCAUACCCUACAAUAUACUAAACAAUGCUAUAGCCACCUUACUACUUUCAGGAUGCCCAUGGGUUCGAGUCUACGACAAUGUAACCUACAUAGUAGUAGGUGUAAUAUUCAGGGAACACAACGGCCAAACCCAGAUGUUAUUGAUCCAAGAAGCUAAGAAGAAGUGUCGAGGGAAAUGGUACAUGCCCGCAGGACACGUGGAGCCAGGCGAGACCAUUGAACAAGGUGUACAACGUGAAGUUCGAGAAGAAACCGGCUUUGAAUGUCAGGUGGAGAGCAUGAUAACAACUGAGGUAAAAGGGUCCGGAUGGUACCGCAUGGCUUAUUGGUGCCAAAUCACCGGCGGUCAACUCAAAACCGAGCCGGACUUAGAGAGUUUGGCAGCCGGCUGGUUCAAUGUUGAUGACAUUAAAGGUGGCAGGGUGGAUUUACGAGGAAAUGACUUUUUUCGAAUUGUCAACGAGGCCCAGAAGUAUGACAAAUGGCGCAAAAUGGCAGAUGUACCGAAUCCUAUGCCAGUUUUGAAUGUGGAUAAAGUUCAACCGGGCUUAUUUAUAGAGUUUGUCAUUGUGAAGCAAGGUAGUGUGAGGUAAGGCUUUGAACACAAUUUUUAGGCUUAUCAAAGGAGUCUUUCGCUUUGAAUAUAAAGUGUAGUUUUUUUAGCUUCGCAGCAAAUUUUUUAGCUUAGCAAAAAAGCUUAGGCUUAGCACAAUUUUUUUUAGACUAAGCAAACGAUUAUAGGCUUAUAACUGAAAUUUUUUGCUUAACCUUUGAGUAUUAGGCUUGACAUACGACGCUCAGGAUUAGAACAAUAUUUUUAGGUUUAUUGUCUUGGUUUAGGCUUAUCAAAAAAAAUCGUUACUAAAAUAAAAUUUUAUGUUUAGCAGUAAAUUAUUAGGCUUAACGAAGCAUUUUAGGCUUAACACAGGUUUUUUAUUUUUAAGAUGUUGAUUUUUUGGCUUAAUUAAGGAAUUUAGGCUUGGCGCUAAAUUUUCUCAUUUAUUGGGUAAUUCUUAGGCUUAUAAUACAACUUUUUGUUUUAGCAUAUAAUUUUUAGGCUUACCACACUGGUUGGGCAAUGGUUAUGGGGGGGGAGUAUAAUAUUAAUUUCUUUUUGGAUUUCUUGCAUUAAGCUUUUAAAAAUGCACUUUUCAGUGAUCGUACAGAAGUACUGGUACACACUUCAAUAGAAUCAGAAGAUGAACUACUAGAUGACAACAAAGAAGUCUUUCCUCUGGUUGAAUUUGGAUUCGAAUACUUUUUUCCAGUUGUUGUUUCAAAGUGCUAUCGAGUAAGCCUAAAAAUUUUAUAAUUUUUUAACUAGACUUAAAAAAAUGAUUAGGCUUGGCGUAGUCUUGGCUCGGACUUGCGAAGGGCUGGACCAAGCCAAAGCAAUAAUAAAAAAGUGCUUUAUUUUUCAAAUAUUUUUUAAAUAAAAAUUUUCAGCACCUAAUCGAAGACGGUCAAAACGUGAUCAAAGCACCAACGGCCAUCCUCAAAACCUGGUGUUGGCCCGAGUCCAUGGACAGUAUUCACCAUGGCCUGAAAUUGCGCAUACUGUGUAUGCACAAGAAGUCGGCUGUAAAUUCGACCAUCUACGACGAGCGACGCUAUCACUGGCUUCAGAUUCAGGAUGCCAAAGUGAAAGGAUCUCUGGGGCUGGAUCCCAAACUAUUCCGAGUGCCAUUGUUUAUGCUAUAAGAUACGGUGUUGGGGCUGGGGAGUUGAGGGUUGUUGAGGGAGGUAGGGGUUAAUUAAGGGGGGGGGGAUGGAAGUAUAGGGUAGUAAAUUAAAAAAUAUUUGUUAAAGAGGAAGCUGUGUUUCUUUCAUUUAUAAGGUUUUUUUAGAGAAGGGUGGAGGUAAAAAUAUUUUUUUAGGGUGGUCAAGCCAAAAAGCAAAUGAUGGGGAGGAGCGGGGGAUGGUACAUAAAGUAAAGAAUUUUUUUUAGGGCUAGCUUUUUUAAAAAAUUUUUUAUCUUUUCUUCUCCCCUCUUCCUCUGUUCCCCUCAAAAUGAUUCUUCUUCACCCCUCCCCUCCCCCUUCAUUUUCCCUUCCCUCUUCACCCCCCUUCCCUCAACUUCCCCUUUCAACCCUCCUUUCCUCUCAUUUCUUAAGGCAGACCCUCAUUUCCUGGCCUUGAUAUCGUAUGCUGAUAAUUUCAAAAAAAACAGUUUUUCCAGAUAUUUUACUGGUAUAUUUUUGUUACUCGAGAGUUUUAACAAUUCGGUGCAUUAUCGAUAAUAUUUGUGAAUAAAGUUUUAAAAACUAUAGUUUUAGCUGUUUUAUUUAAAAAAAAUUAUAUUAUUUUUAAAAAAAUUUAAAAAAGUUCAACGUGGUCCCCCCUGUGAAUUUUUUUACCCCGGCUUCAGACCAGAAGUGCCCACGCGGCACUGUAUAACUUUAUCAUUUUUAACCCUAAACCAAUAUCUAAACCUUAUGGAUAUUUAAAAGUGCACAACAAUGCAUAUUGUAGAAGAUCUAUUUUCAUUUUAUGGCUUGUAGACACAAUAGCGCGCUAACAGCACGUUGUCUACAAUACGGUUAUUAUUUGCACUUUUUCUGUUUAUGGAAAGAAUACGCGUCCAUUCGUCUUUUUUAAAUUACUUUUACGUUUUUGGUAGUAAUGUAGAGUAGUUUCUGGAAAGGUUAAUCAUUUUUAACAAUUUGACACCUAAAAUAAGUUUUUUUUAAAAUAAGGUUAAAACUAAGGCUAGAGCUAAGGCUAGGGUUAAGGUCAAGAGCUAGGAGCCAAGAGCUAGAGCCGAGAGCCGAAAGCCGAAGGCUGGGGCAUAAGCUAAGGCUAAGGCUAAGGCUAAUAAGGCUAAGGCUAAAGCUAAGGCUAAGGCUAAGGCUAAGGCUAAGGCUAAGGCUAAGGCUAAGGCUAAGGCUAAGGCUAAGGCUAGGGCUAAGGCAAAGGCAAAGGCUAAGGCUAAGGCUAAGGCUAGGGCUAAGGCUAAGGCUAAGGCUAAGGCUAAUAAGGCUAAAGCUAAGGCUAAGGCUAAUAAGGCUAAGGCUAAGGCUAAUAAGGCUAAGGCUAAGGCUAAGUCUAAGGCUAAGGCUAAGGCUAAGGCUAAACUGUUUCAAAUUUUAAGAAUUCAGAUUGCCAUCUGA